AUCAAGAUGUAAAUAAAUACACUGACUCACUGGUGUCCUGGAUCAAAACGCACGGACUCCACCUAAUGUGAUCAACAGAUCCAAGCGGCCCUAAACAACAACAACAAAACGUAUGGCUGACUUGUGGGGUCCCCCAGGGGACCAAGAUGGGUCCUCUAUGCUUCCUCCUCCUCAUUAACGACGCCCUCACUGACACCCCCCAUCGCUGGAAGUAUGUUGAUGACUGCACCGUGGGCGUCCCAGUUUCCACCAAGAACCCGGACUACUUGCCACUGCAAGCGAUUCUGGAGCGGCUGCAGACGUGGACGGAGGAGAGCAGGAUGACCAUCAACCACAACAAAACUGUGGUGAUGCAUUUCUGUACCUCCUCUGUACCAGUGCCCACUCCCCAGCUCUCAGUGGGCCCUCACCCCCUCCAGGUGGUCCGAUGUGCCAAGCUCCUCGGAGUCACGGUGGACGACCAGCUGACCUGGAAGCAGCAUGUCACCAGCACCAUAAGAUCAGCUACCUACAGGCUGUACAUGCUGCGCAGACUCAGGUCGCUGGGGACGCUGACAGAUGAGUUAAGGGGGGUGUAUCUUACUUUCAUCCUCCCCAAACUCAUGUUCGCCUCCCCAGCGUGGUCCUCCUCCCUCACACAAACUCAACAGCUACAGUUGGAGAGUGUGCAGAAAAGGGCGUGCAGGGUCAUCCUUGGCCCUGCAUACACCACCUAUGAAGAAGCCCUGAACACCCUGAGGCUGUCCAGACUAUCCACCAGGUACCGUGAGGCUGUGGAGAAGUUUGGAAGGGGACUUCUGAAUCAUCCACGUCUCAGAAACAUGCUGCCGCCUGACGCGCCUCGCCCAACCCGUGCCACCAGACACCACAACAAGAUAACGCCCCUAAAGGCGCCGCGUACGGACCGAGAAACUGGAGUUGCAUCACAAGAAUGGAAGAAUAAGUGAGUACUAGCACAUCAGUUGAUCAUCUAGAAAAAGGCUAAGAUGUCCCAAGUCACCCGAGAGCUCAUUACCCUCCAAGUGGGUCAUUAUGCAAACUUCAUAGGGACUCACUGGUGGAAUCUUCAGGAAGCCAGCUUUGUGUACAGCACUGCUACAUCUACGAACAUCAACCAUGAUUUUCUCUUCAGAGAGGGCAUUACAUCAUAUCUGCAGGAAACUUACACACCACGUCUUUUGGCCAUUGAUUUAAAAGGCAGCCUUCAUAGUCUGCCUGUUGAAGGUAGAUUGUAUAAUGACUUUCAAGCAGAACCUUCUACUAAUGAAGCUGCGUGGGAUGGAAAAGUUGAAUUUAUUCAGCAGUUGCCACAAGAAAAGAAUGAGUUUCUUAAAGACCUUGAGCAAGAAGACCUAAAAUUUCGAGGUGUAACAGAUGAAGACAAAGAUAUAUGCAUUGAUGACUCCAAAGCUUCUGACAAUGAUGUUACUCCAUCCAAAAAAGUGUAUGAUCUCACCAAGUCAGUCAAAGUUUGGUCUGACUUUUUGCGCCCACACUUACAUCCCAAGGCAGUUUAUCUUAUUGAUAAUUUAAUGGUUAACACUGGAAGAGCUUCAGCAGGGACCAGUGAAAAUAUCUGGGGAUUUUCCUCUGGAUACUCUACAUUUCAGAGAGAGGAAGUGGAAGAGGAAAUUGUGGAUAGAAUAAGGUGUUUGGCAGAGUCUUGCAAUAGCUUGCAGGGUUUCCAGAUACUGACUGACAUUCAUGAUGGAAUGGGAGGAAUUAGCUGUGGGAUCUUGCAGCAUCUGGGUGAUGAGUACGGUUCCAAGAAUUCUCUAACAUUUACAACAUCACCACCGCACCUCAUUCCAACAAUGGAGCCAGCAAGACUGUUGAUGCAAGCCUCCAUACUUCAGUCAUACAGAGAAAUGUGCCAGCUGUCCAGUAUUGUGGUCCCACUGAAUAUGCGCAAGAGUAUGUUGGAUUUUGAAGCUCCCUGCUGUGCGCAUCAACAUUUGGUACUGAAGGAAUAUGAUGCAUACUUCACAAGCAGUGUUGUGGCUGCCUUUCUGGACACUGUGAGUCUGGCUUACCGCAGUCGUGCCUCACCAUUACCACUUGCAAAUGUGGUGGAUAUAUUAACCCCAACCGGAAGAAAAGUUGCUGGAGGAAGUUUAUCCUUACCUCUUGGCAUAAAGUCAAAUCAAAGCUUUGCGGAAUGGCUGCAUGAGGAACAUGAAUGUUCUUUAGUGUCUGUGAGUGCUGGAUGUGGUUACCAUCUUGAUCCAGUCAGUGAACUUCUCACAGUUAGAGGUAUACCACCAUCCAAAUUGAACAGAUCUGGCCCUAAAUAUCCUGGUGCAAGAUCCUACACAAAUGCUGCUCAGCUCUAUAGUGAUUUUCUGCAAAAUUCAUCCAAACCUCCAAACAUGCGAUUUGUGGCUGGUGUUGAAGAUCCUCUCAAGACAACUGCACCCUUUCCCAGCAUCUUUUCUCCGUCCGUGACAGACGACGGAUACAUAGACACAUGUCACAAGAGUUCAGUCCCAGAUGUGAAGAGUACACCCUGCUUAGCUGGUCUGCAUCAGAGCAGAGGGUUGGGUAUCUUACUCCAACAGUUGUAUACAUCUGCAAAAAAGUUUGAUGUAAUGAAAGUACCAUCCUUGUUAGAAGAAGGUGUAGAUAAGGAGAGCUGGGGUGUGUUAACUGAAGAUUUACAAGAAAUUGCAAGCAAUUACUGUAGCAAGUGAAAAAUAUGGUCUCUUAUGAUGACUUGUUAUGAAUAAAUUACUGAUUUUAAUAAACCAAAAUUAUACUGGUUUUUAUGUAAGUUUGCAUAAUAAACCAACCUCACAGA